AUGUCAGCCUCAGAAGAUCUUAUCGACUUUAACCUAAUCGAAGGGCAAAAGGAGAACAUUCAGUCCUUGCCUGGCGGUCGUUCAGCAAAGAAACUGGCUCAACUCUACUCGCCCUCACCCCUUCAUAAACUCUCGACACCAACACCUUCCGACACACGAAAUGUGCACGACUGCAUCCGAGCCGAAUUUGAGGCCGAGGUUGAGAACCUCGCCGAGUCGGACGACCCCCUCGACGUCUUCGAGCGCUACGUUCGAUGGACCCUAGAUGCCUACCCCUCGGCGCAAGCAACACCACAAUCACAGCUUCACACUCUUCUUGAGCGCGCGACAAAGGCCUUCAUUGGCUCAGCGCAGUAUAAGAACGACCCUAGAUACCUCAAGCUCUGGGUUCACUACAUCCACUUUUUCUCUGAUGCCCCGCGCGAGACAUACAUGUUCUUGUCCCGACACGGUAUCGGAGAGUCCCUUGCUCUCUUCUACGAAGAGUACGCGGCGUGGCUUGAGGGUGCUGGACGAUGGGCUCAGGCUGAAGAGGUAUACAAACUGGGUAUCGAGCGCGAGGCCCGGCCGGUUCAGCGACUCUUGCGCAAGUUCAAGGAGUUUGAGGAGCGAGUUGCCCAGCAGCCAGACGUCAUGGACGAGCCCUCAUCGCCGGCUCUGCCCACUGUCCGACCAGCUCUUGCAGCCAAGGUCGAUCCAUUCGCAGCUGCGCGGGCAGCAGAUCCCCAAGCCCCUCGGCCAACAAGCGGUGGAGCAUCGAAGCCUAAUAAAUCCAAGCUAGCCAUCUUCUCGGAUGCUGAUGCCAAGCCAUCUGCCAUGUCCACAAGAGCGGCUGGCUCUAAGGGCUGGGAUACCAUCGGUUCGCUCGCGGAUCGUAAGAAGGAGAACGCUGUGGAGGCCAAGCCCUGGGCUGGCGAGACUCUCCAAGCAGGGGGGAAGAAGAGCGCUGCUCCCAAGAUGUCGAUCUUUAGGGAUCCGAAUAUUGUUGUUGUUCCUUCACAACAUCAAGUCUCAGUUCACCCCCAUACGGGCAAAAAGGAGCGCGUGUUUGUUGACCUUGCUGCAAUUUACCCAACUCCAGAGGAGCUUGGCACUGAGCUAAGCUUCGAGGAGAUCAUGGCUGCUAAUCGAGGAUGGCUUGAUCACAGCUGGGAGGAGGAGUCUGUUGACGAGAAUCUGGUCCCUGAGCCUAUUGCUCCUCUUGUUGAGAUUGAAGAAAUCAGCAAGGGAGUCGGGGAGAAACUGGUGAUUCACCAGGAUCCUGCCGACAAGCUGAUGAUCCAUCAGGUUUCUGCUGACAGGCUGAUGAUCCAUAAAGAUCCUCCUGCUGGCAAGCUAGUCAUUCAUCAAGACCGUUCUGCCAAGCUGGUGAUUCAUAAAGAUACUGUGCAGUAUGAUGAGAACGGCAGGGCCAUGGAGCAGCCUCGAGGACCACGAGGGGGCAAGAAGAAGAAGGUGAUUGAAGUCAACGAGACUCAGAUCAUCAAGGCAAAGCUUGAUUCCCCGUCAAGACCCAAGCUAAAGAAGAAGAACACCUCGGAGCCCACCAUGACGAUCCAUACCAAAGCCGCCACUGAUGAGAUCUACGAUAUUUUCAAUGCCCCCCUGAAGCCUGCCGGCCAGGAUGAUGAAGAGAGCGCCUACGAUGAUGAUGAUUACGAGAGUGACGACAACUACACGACUGACGUGGAGAGCACCGGAACAACCAGGCAGAUCGAGCCCAGUGAAGCCGGUGACGAUGAGACCUCUGAUGCGAAGAGUGUCAGCGAGUGGUCUGACUUUUCAACAAGAAGACACAUUCCCAACCUUAAUGAGGAUGGGGACGAUGACGAGGAGGAGCGUGACGGCGAACGCAACGACACCCAGGCAUCUGAUCUCAUCGAUACAAGUGCACCAGUGACAGAGCAAGAACCAUAUGAGGCUUUCGACAACUCUGAUCGACAGGACCGAACUGAGGAUGCCGAGGAAGGAGAAGAUGUUGAGGAGCUCGAGACUCCAGUGACAGAAGAGUUCCCCCCCAUGACACGGACGAGCUUCAUCCCUAUCCCCCCUGAAGACUACGAGCCACCAACUCGACCGUAUAGGGACCCGGCUGAGGUGGCCAACAACCGAUUGCCGUUUAUGACACCCAUCACAGAGAGGACCGAGGCAUCUCUUGACGUGACGGUGGAACGCAACGAGUACAAGACGCCUUGCAAGAAGGACAACUCAAUGUUGGUGGAUGAUGAGGAGGCCUCAUAUCUUGAGCCCCUGAGCAGCCCACUGCGCGAGAUAGUGCACGAAGCUCGCCCUGCUCCCAAGAUGUCGGUUCCUCUGGCUCCCAAGUCCAUUGGGCCUUUGGGAAAGUCGAUUCCCUCAAAGCCCCUCCCUCCCAAGGGUCCCAUCAUCAAGGAUAUACAGUGUAACCCUGUUGAUGAAUCCAUUCGGGCUGAAAUCAUCACCAAGAUGCUGCCGCCGUUGAGCGCCUACUCUGGAUUCUACGACCACCGACAGGAGAGGUACGAAAGGGGCAACGAAAUUCGCAAGUUUGCCAAGGCCCUCACUAAAGCCAACAAGUCGGGCGACAGGACUGGGCCUAUUACCAGCCCAGUCGUGAUCGAAUUCCCCGAUACUCACGCGACGUACACGGUCAAGAAGGAACUCGGAGCUGGAGCUUUCGCACCUGUCUACCUGGUGGAGAACUCGGCCCCUGAAGGUGACGAGAAUGACGAGAAUGCCAUUCCCACGAUGGGCAAGGGCGCUUUUGCUGUCAACCACCGCAACGAAGUUGAAGCACUCAAGAUGGAGACACCGCCUUCACCAUGGGAGUUCCAUAUUAUGCGUCUAGCUCACACUCGCUUGGGCCCUCAGCACCGUGCCUCGGCCUCCAUGUCGUACGCACAUGAGAUGCAUCUGUACCAAGACGAGGGAUUCCUCUUCCUGCCAUACCACCCUCAUGGCACACUACUUGAUGUGGUCAAUUUCUUCCGAGCUGAGCCUUCUGCCGUUAUGGAUGAGCAGAUGGCCAUGUUCUUCACCAUCGAACUCCUCCGAACGGUAGAGGCUCUUCACUCCAAGAGUCUGCUACAUGGUGAUCUGAAGGCCGACAACUGUCUCUUGCGUCUGGACGCUCUCAUGAGCGAAGAGCCCCUAUCAAGCCAGUGGAAGGCUGAUGGCAGCGGUGGUUGGUCUUCGCGGGGUGUAGUUCUCAUCGACUUUGGACGAGGCAUCGACAUGCGUGCUUUCGUGCCCGAUGUCGAGUUCAUCGCUGACUGGAAGACGAGCGCUCAAGACUGCGCCGAGAUGCGAGAAGGCCGUCCAUGGACAUGGCAGAUUGACUACCACGGUCUCGCUGGCAUCAUCCACACUUUGCUCUUUGGCAAGUACAUCGAGACGAUGCGCUGUGACCAGGGCGGGCUGGGCAAGUCUGGCAGACGGUACAAGGUUCGCGAGAGCCUCAAGCGAUAUUGGCAGACGGAUCUCUGGUCCGACUGCUUCGAGCUUCUGCUCAACCCCGGUGCAGCUGCCGAGGCGGGAGGCGAGGAGGGCGGCAAGAUGCCUGUUCUCAAGUCGAUGAAGAGCGUGAGGGAGCGCAUGGAGAAGUGGCUAGAGGCCAACUGCGAGAGAGGCGUCGGGCUGAAGAGUUUGAUGGGGAAGUUGGAGGCUUCGUUUUCCAAGAACCGCAAGUAG